GUCCCAGGAGUUACUGACAAGAUGAGGUGGAAUGCAAGCUCUUGGGGUUUACUGGUUGCACUGGGGUUCUGUGCUUUAGUGUCUAGUGUUCAGGGAUUUUGGGAUGGGUUGCGUUGUGGCCCCACAAUAAUGCAGUUUUCAGUCCCUUCUCUUGUACAGGAUGUUGCCUUUGUGCUAUCAGCUGUGGAUCACUCUGGAAAAUCUCACUACCUUGGCAAUAACACUGCUUGUGGUACCUGGGUAGGACAGAAACCAGAUGGUUCACUAGUGGUUAAUGCUGCCUAUGAUGGGUGCUAUGUUCGUGAAGAGAAUGGUGACCAUGUAAUGACUGUUAGCCUUGAAGAGGUAAUAAAUGGACAUGUUGACUACCAUAAACAAGAACUCAAGUGCCCAAUCAUGGAAGCUAUGGAUGUUCCAAGCCCAGAUACAUGUUCUGCCAUCAAGCGAGAAGACAGGCUUUCAUGUGCUAAGGCUCCUGUAUCACAAGACCUCUGUCAAGGGUUGGGAUGCUGUUACACACCCAGUGAUCCUUCAAUGCCUUGUUACUAUGGGAAUAAAUUGACUGCCCAGUGCACGACUGACAGCAAUAUGCUGGUCGCCAUUUCAAAAGAUCUGACCAAACCUUCAUUGUCCCUGAAUUCCAUUAGUGUUGUUGGUGUGGAUCAAACCUCAUGCCCGUCACUGAGUGUCUCCAAGACUAAUGCCUUCAUCAUGUUCCAGUUUCCUUUGUCUUGUGGGGCCACAAAGCGGAUGGAUGGCAACAUAAUUACAUAUGAAAGCACAGUUGUUUCAGCUCGAGACAUAAGAACCUGGAGGGGUUCUUCAAUCACUAGGGACAGCACAAUGAAGUUAACAGUCCGGUGCAUCUAUGGUAGAACUGGAAUUGCCCCAUUGUUGAGGGUUGAGGUAUACACGCUUCCGCCGCCACCUCCUGUCUCUACUCCUGGGCCUCUUAUGCUUGAGAUGAGAAUUGCUCGUGACAUGCAGUAUACUACUUAUUAUGCUGAUGGAGACUACCCAGUGAUCAAGAUACUCAGAGAUCCUGUCUUUUUGGAGGUUAGAGUACUGAGGCGGCUGGACCCAAACCUGGUUCUGGUUUUAAACCAAUGCUGGGCUACACCCUCCACUGACUCUACUGCACAACCACAAUGGCCUAUCUUGACAAAUGGAUGUCCUUUCCCUGGAGACAACUACCUGACGCAGAUGAUUCCUGUUGGUGCUGCUUCCCAGGCUGUACCUUUCCCAUCUCAUUACCAGCGCUUCUCAAUCAGCACUUUCACAUUUGUGGAUGGAACUACACAGCUUCCUCUUGGUGGCAUGGUUUACUUUCACUGUAGUGCUUCUGUGUGCAUCCCAUCUGCUGCUGACACAUGCCGGAUUGUGUGCAACACAAGAAAACGCAGAAUGGCUGAAGAGAAACCUGCAGAAUAUCCUCUGGAGACCACUACUGUGACCUCUGAUGGACCAGUUGACUUCAUCAAUGAAGAGGAAAAGCAUAUAGAAACGGAAGGUGUCGUCGGCUUUGGUUAUCCUGCACUGCACUGGGCAAGAGGAGCAGCAGCCAUAGGAGGGGUCUUGAUCAUAACUGUAACUUUCAUUGGUCUCUGGAUACGCUAUAGAAACAGGAGCCCAAAGACUCGCAAUGUAAAUGCUUGAAUAAAACAAAUCUUUUCAAGAAA